AAGUUUCUGGAAUUCGGGUCAUGUCCAAUCUGGCCACCAAUGUGAACUCCUAUUUUAACACUGUUAUGGUUGACAAGCUAUAUCACAAUAGUACUGAUUUGUUUACUUAUAUAUAAUGCAUCUUGUUGCAUAGGUCGUAGUUUGAAGCCUCAAUAGGGCCUGCAGAUCCUGAAGAAGACAACUGGCAACGAAUUCCAGAUAGGAAUUGGGUGCUUCGCAUAUAGAACAUCAGUGCAUGCCUGAGAUACUGGCGAAGUAUUCGUGAUGUUUCCCCACGGGCUGUCCGUUGGUUUGCGUUUAUUUCCCGCCACUGCACCCUCGAGUUUACGAUGGUCACUCUCCGAGUUACGCCGUAACACAAUCACCGAGCUAACUCAGGUAUGUCACGCAACUAGAACAUGCAGUAAACUUUCCAAGCUAGUUGAUCGCGAGACAGAUAAUAAUGAGAGACUAAAAUGUACUCAAAAGUCACAACCAGCUACCUUAGAAUCACUUCGGCUGUCAUCCGAGGAGGUAUCCCAUUACCUUCGGCACACACUCGGCAUCCAUUCGGCGCACACGAAGCUAAAACAAGAUCGCCUCGGACUACUUCGGGAAAUAACGCUGAAGACCCACUUUUGCCAGCCAUUCCAGAAUAUCACUAACACGUAUGCUAUUCCAUUGUCCGAGAGGAAAAUUCCUUCUGUCAACGAGAUUAAAGAGGCGAUGCUACAAGGUCAAGGUGGAGUCUGUUAUGAACUUAAUAUAUUCACGAAUAGACUACUAGCUGCAUUGGGAUACAACGUUCACCUGAUUGGUGGAAAGUUCAUGGGCCAUGACAGAUAUCACGUGACCAACAUUGUGCACGAUGCCGAGGUCAAAGGUCAAUGUCAUAUCGUCGAAGUUGGUGCAUCGGAUCCGACGUUCUACCCUAUUCCGCUUAACUUCGGUGAAGACAGUCCGGUGUACCAAGACUCUUUUCUCGUUUACAGAUUCAAACUGAUUGGUCAGAAGUACCUGCAACGCUAUCACGUGAUUCGCCAAGGUGACCUUGACAUGGCUCUUUUAGAUGACCACGCCCACCCGUCCAACUGGAGAUUGAUAUCGGAAAUGGAUAUCGAUACUGAUUGCGAUCUGGAACACUUCAAGGAGCCGAUGUCGUACGUUUUCAACGCUCUUCCGCGACCAAAGCUGAAAAUGUUUGAAGAGGGGAUGUUUGCAAUGAUUUACAAAGAAGGGAACAUGGUCUACAUCAAAGACAAUCAUUGUUACGUGGAAAAGGGAGAUUCGAUCGAGCGUAGGGUCAUGGACACGAUGGAACAACUGCUUGAAGCAUACGGCCAAUUCAUGCCCAUGAUACCACACGAAAAGAUACGGAUGGGACUGGCUAAUAGAAACUUGACAUUCAAGCCUCUAGGCGAAGAGAAGAGUGUUACUUUUCAUCCGAUUGCAAGGGAUGACAAUGAUGUCAAUCUUUCUAAAAUUUAUUUAACUAAGUAGACCUUUUCCUUCCAGGAUGAAAUUAUCAAGAUUACGAUUGAAGGAACUACAAUCUUGGAAUCUCGAAAUGAACUUUCUGUUGAAAGAAACUAAAAUAUAGAAACGCAUAUCAUUCGGAAAAAUGAAUAUAUUGUUGCAUAACAUAAAUGCAUAUGUUCAAACAUUUAUCUUUACGCUUUUCUUAUUCUCAAUAGACAACAGGUCACAGCUGCUCUUUUAAGCCAGGAAAGUUGUGUUGUAUAAACAUGAUAAAUGCAGUGCGGUGUUUGUUUUAAGCCCUAUAUUAUCAAAUAUUAUCGUUCUGUAGUCAUGAUAGUUUUUUUUUCUUAACGACGAACAUGGAGGAAAAUUAAGAAGAAUCUCGUUGGGCAAUCUUUGUAAUUAAUAUUAUUAUCAUUAUUGUUUAGACCUGACUGUGGGAAAAUCAUAUUUAACGAUUAAAAACGAUAUCAUCCAAAAGGAACCAUUCGUCUUGAUCAAGUUUCUUCUUUAAAAUAAUGCCAUCUGCCAACUUUUUCUUUCAAAGUUUUUAUUAUCUUUUGCUGUUUUUGAUUCAUUUUGUGGUAUGGAUUUGUACGAUUUAUUUUUAUGGGGGCGGUGGGGAGAAGUUCCAUUCAGUAAAAAUUUUAGUGGCUACGGAACAGCGAUUUGUGCCGAUUUUUGAAGCAACAAAAAUGACAAAAUAAUUCAGUUUCAUGAGCUUUUUGGGAUUUUUGAAGCUGUUUAGCCUAUAUUCAGAUGAUAGUACAUUUUUCAUACAUACAAGGGUAAUAAAAAAAAAUACAAAAUAAAGUGAAGUACAUACAGCAAUAUAACAACUAGAAUAUUAUACAUUGUGAUAUACAUUUUUUUAACAAAGAUUAUCAUAACCCAUAAUACAAACAAACAAAAUUAAUUUCACUUGUAUUUACUGAAUAAUAAUGCGGUAUUGCAUGAUGAAAAAGUCAAAACAAAUUUUUUUUAAGUUCUGAGCAGAUAAUAAAAUUGAUAUAUAAAAAUAAUUUGUUUAUCAAAGAUGUGAAUAGGCUAUCUCAUAAUAAAAAGAAAUAUAUAUAUUUAUAUCUCCAUAUUAUGUAAGACAAUACCAACAAUUAAAUUGUGGGGAGAUUUAAAACAUGAAGAGCGCCAUCUAACGUUACUGCAAUCUAGGUAAAGGACAAGUCCACUCCACUGAACUAGAGAUACGUAUCUCUAGUUCAGUGGUCCACUCCAACCAAAAGUUGAUUUGAAUAAAAAGAGAAAAAUCCAACAAGCAUAACACUGAAAAUCUAUUCAAAAUCGGAUGUAAAAUAAGAGAGUUAUGACAUUUGAAAGUUUUGCCUAAUUUCACAAAACAGUUAUAUGCACAUCCUGGUCGGUAUGCAAAUGAGGAGACUGAUGACGUCAUCCACUCACUAUUUCUUUUGUAUUUUAUUUUAUGAAAUUUUCUAUUUUUUCCUCAUUGUCAAGUAAAAAAAACCGAUUAAUUCCUCCCUGAACCCGUGAAAUUAGUAUAUGCUUCAGCCAUGUUGGUCCUUAUUGUCAAAUCUGUAAAAAAUGAUAUAUUGUAUGAUUAAAAAAAAAAAAGUAGUGAGUGGAAGACACCAUCGACUCUCCCAUUUGCACGUCACUGAAGUGUGCAUGUCAGUGUAUUGUGAAAAAAAUAAGCUAAACUUUUAAUUGUUUUAACUUUAUUUUGCAUCCGAUUUUGUAAUGAAAUUUUCAGCGAUAUCCUAGUUUGAUUCUUCUCUUUUUAUUCAAAUCAACAUUUUUUCUGGGGUGGACUUGACCUUUAAUUGGCUGUUUGUAAAAGUCACAAAGAUAUUCAGACGCCCAAGCUCAAAUCAAGAGGAAUAUCAUGUCGAUUGCAUAUAUAAUUUUUUUUUUUUUUUUGGGGGGGGGGAUUUCUAGGGAUUCGUGUAAAUAAUAUUUUCUGAUUGAUAACUAUCCACUAUUCAUGGUAGGCCAAUUCGUAUACACUUUGAGCGUGUAUUGAUAAAGAUAAUUUCAACUUCAAACAUUAUCCGCUAUUAUUUCACAUGUUUGAUUUGAUUUGAUUUGAAUAUGUUCUCAUACUUUAC